ACCAACAAAUUGCCUUGCCUAUAGUUCCAUCCCCUUCUCCGUUGUGUGACGGAAAUUUCCUUGCGAUAGAUUUGAUUUUUCUCGUCGCUGUUCAUUCUCAACUGUAUUUAAAACAUGGCAGACCCAAAAUACGCUGCAUUACCUGGAAUAGCGUACGACCAGCCUGAUUACUAUGAAUCCGAAGAUGUGUGUGAAUCUUUUUCCAAUCCCAUAAGUCAAGAUCAGAGUGAUUGUGUUGAAAACCUUAAUACCAAUGUAAUGGAAUCAUUUACUAAAUUUAAAGGGUGUUGGUUGUUGUCCCAAAAAGCAGACUUUUCAGGAAAAAUUGGUGUGAAACAUAAUUUGGGAUAUACUUCUUGGAAUGGGCCCUAUGAGUUGCAAGCAGAAGGUGAAAAAGAAUCUCCAAUUCAGAAGUUAAAUCGUUUGAAAUGUGAAGUCAGCGAACUACAACAGGAAAUCGAACACUCACACACUAACUCUGAGGAAUUUGGUGACCCACAGAGCUUAGCUAUGCAGGUUACGUUCCUUCAAAAGCAGUUAAUGGAUAUUAAAAUUGAUGAAAGUGAGUUCCCUAAAACAGAGGUUACUACUAAAAGUAGGUUAAUCUUUGAUGAUUUAGAAAGGGUUGGAAAGACAGUCCCUGAUACUUUAGACCAAGGAACUUCUACAUUGGAUAAGUCAAAAAUUGUUUAUCAACUGCAGUUCAAGCCGCAACAAAUUAAACUGGAUCUUGCUUCGAGGGAAGCUAAUAUGCUGCAGAGGCUUGAAAAACUUGAAAGUUUAUUUGGAGUCCCAGAUAAAAUGAACCAACUAUGUGCAGAAACAGGGCAAAAAUCUGUGAGUGAUGCUAUUAGAUCAAUUUGUUCAAAGGUAGCUCUGUUAGAACCAACUCAUUUAGAUCAGGUUGAAAGUAGGCUAACUGUUCUAAUGCAAAAACUAAAUGUUAUAACAAAACAACAUGGAAAUGUUGAAGAUUCCAGUUUGUCAGGGAUGGUUAAAGAGCUAUAUGAAAUGGUGAAGCAACUAGAGCCAUUACUGUUACUUUUGCCUUCAAUUGUUGAUCGAUUGUCAUCUCUUAAAGUACUUCAUGACAGAGCUGUCAACUUUUCGCAAACGGUCAGCCAAGUGGAAAAUAUGCAAACAAAUUUAGACAUAGCUAUCCAGGAUCAACUUCAAUUGUUAACUAAUGUCCAGGAAGGACUAUCAAUGAACAUGCAAGCAAUGAAAAUGUCUGUCCAGAAAUUAGAUGAUAAGUUAUCAAGCAAAUGAAUUUAAAAAUUUACCGCUAAGUCAUAAAUUGCUUUGAUUUGUUGUGUGAAAUCUAUCAUAAAUAACCGGUAAAGGGCAA